GAAUGUGUAGUAAACUGUUCCCACUACAGAACUGAGUGACCAAUGGCCACUCACUACAAGAUAAAUUGGCCACAUCAUUGUGAAACAAAAGCAAAUUGACGAAACCUGUCAAGUUGGUAAAGAAAUAUCCCAACGCAUUAACUUUCUGGAACCGAAGCACACCUUUACAUAUUCCAAGGUGGGCUUGUUUAGGCAAGUUAAAAAGAACCUUUGUAAUUUACAACAGAUCCCAAGAUGAAGCUCUUUGAGACCAGCUUGAUUUUCCUGUCAUGGAUUUCCAUAUGUUAUUGUCAAUGUCCCUGGUCUCGAGAGUUAUUGGACCUUCACUCUGAUUGUAUUUGUGCUUUCAACAGUGUCCAAAGACUGUCCAUUCAAUGUAGUCCUGUGAACUUCCCACGCCUUAUGUCUGCUCUUCAUACUUCGGUUCAAAACAUUCCUAUAGAUUUAAUGUAUGUAAGCAAUGGUUCCAUUGCGACAAUAGAGGAUGGAACAUUUCAUGGUUUAGAUAUUCAAAGUCUUCAUCUUGCCAACAGUAAGAUUUCCAACUUGUCCUUGAAAGCCUUCGAAGGACUGGAAACAACCCUAACCAGUCUUAACCUUCACAACAAUCUCUUAACAGAAAUACCUAUCCAGCAAAUUGGAAGGCUGACCACAUUAAAACAGCUUGACUUGUCCCACAAUAAGCUGACCAAUGUCCCAGAUGGCGCCUUCCAGAACUUGCCUUUGGCUACUCUGAAGCUUUCGGACAACAAGCUGAAGAUUUCUGACGGAGCCUUUAAAGGCCUGCAAGGAACGCUGAAAACUCUGAAUCUAAAAAGUUCUGGGCUAGAGAGUAUGCCCAAAGCAAUCCAAAAACUAAGUGCUUUAUCUUUCCUAGAUGUGGCCCAAAAUCAGCUGUCAAGCUUGGAACCUGGAUUUUUGCAAGACUUGCAUUCUCUGACAGCAAUCAAUAUGGAGAGGAACCGCCUGUUGAAGGUGGACAGCAAAGCUUUCCGUGGAGUUAAUGACAGUCUGAGUUCUUUGUCACUGCUCAACAACCUACUAGUGGAAUUUCCAGUAGAUGCUGUCUCGUCUCUUACAAAACUCAGGGUUUUGGACCUCGGAUUCAACGGCAUUCGUAUCUUGCCCGAAGAUGCUUUUAAGAACAAUCUUCAUUUGACACUUCUUGCUCUGGAUGGGAAUCCCAUAUCUACAGUUCCCCUGGUGGCGUUUCAACAUCUCAAAUCUUCCCUCAGAGGAAUUAGUAUCGGAGGGCCUUAUCUGGAAUGCGACUGUCGAAUCAGAUGGAUAGUAGAGUGGGUUCGAGACAAUGAUCUUCAAGUCACUAGUCGAGAGAAAAAUCCUCAAUUCUGUGGAAAACCAGAAAGCCUUCAACGUCGAAACUUCUUCCAAUUAAGCCCUACUGAACUCCAGUGUGAAAAUGAACCACAAAUAACAACACUUAAAACAACAACGUAUACACCAAGUGAUGCUGUGGUGACUGAACCUCCACGUAGUAAAGAACCAAAGUUCCUUCCUUAUCCCGUUCAGAGUUUUCCUUCCACCAGCAAGACAUACUCUCCUGCUAUAGACCUUGGCCAACCAGUCCAACCAAAACGAAAGACCACAGCCACUUUUCCAUCUUACCAAACGACGCCGUCACCUACCACUAGAUUAACUGAAACCCAAACAUCUCUAACGUCUAGGAGCUCGGGUAUUGUAGCAGUUGAUAGUUCAUCUGCAGGGACAAAAAUACCUUACCCAGUAAUAGAGGAGGUGAAGAUUCGCGAUGCCUUUAGGACCGGCAAUUCUAUAAUGGUUGAAUGGGAUUCUAAUUCUUCCAACCUGCUGGGAUUCCAAGUAGUAUACAGAGUGUUUGGGGAAGAGCAAUUCACACGAGGUCCUUCGCUCGUUGCCAGUCAACGCCAGUAUGCCAUCCCCAAUGUACCUACUGACGAUUGUGUUAUUGUCUGUGUAGUCACUCUGGAAGACAUCCCUAACCUUUCUGUAGAUGCUAUCCCAUAUAGUCAGUGUAGGGAAAUCAAAAACAGUGAGAGCAGACAUGCUUUGGAUAAGAUUGUAAUAGCAGGUUCUGCUGCAGUGUGUGGAGUUAUUAUUAUCGCAGUCAUCAUUUUUGUUUGUUGCUAUUGUCGCAAACAAAAAAAGGAGAAACCGACGCUUCCACCACCCACUACAGGGGCGCCAGCAGUAAAGUCUGAGCAUGAGUGGGAAUCUGCAUCCAUGUACAGUGGACGUAGCAUUCCUCGACCCCGUAUGUACCAGUCUGAUCCCAAUGGUUCAAUCAAUCACAGUUUCAUCAUGGACGACAAUCGCUCCCACUUAUCCCAUUACUCUCAGGUGCCCAAUGGCCAUGUUAGUAACAGACCAACGGCUGAUGGUCAAUCUCAUCGUUCUUACACACAAUUAUCUCAUCGAUUUGGUGACCAUUUAAGUCUUGGUAAUCCAGACAUACGCAAGUCUCAACAGUCUCUUUCCCAAUUAUCUGGUCACCACUCAUUUCUUGGAAGUCAUAUCUCGGCUCCACCAAAGAAGAAAAAAACUCGAAGAGACAACAAACGGAUAACAUCUGCCAGCUCCGUCCACUCACUCACUGAAUACGAAAGCGACUGGAAUGGAAAAUCAGACAAUUGGAAGGAUCAAGAUGUAGACAUCUACGUGGGUCGAACUCACGUUGCUCCACCUCAUGGUAAAUACAGGAAAGAUUAUGGUGCAAGAUGAACAGUAGCAUUGAAAUUAUGAAGACAUAUGAUUUUCUAAUAAUUUGAGGUACAUGCAAACGUGCACGGAUUCCUUUUAGUCAAACUGUGGCAUCGUUCCCAAAAUAUGGGGUGCUGAAGUGCCAAAUACAAGCAGUGUGGAAUCCUCCUAAGAAGUUCGAAAGAUCUACAAUUCUUUUUUGAACUCUUCACUAACAUAAGGUUGAAGACGCGAUGUAAAUGUGUAAUACACUGUAAACAAAUCUGUCAAA